AGCUACAUGUCAGGGCAGUCCAGCUUCAACUCAUCUGUAGAAGACAUCAAAGAUGAAGUUAUAGGGACAGUGCUGCAAGAGAUACUGAAUGCAUCCUCGCUGGAAAGCCUGCAAGACCUAAUGCUAAGGCACAGCACAAUGCUGCAGACGGCAGGGUGCUUUAAAAGCGUAGCAUCAGUACAGGAAAAGCACUCAGUUGUGAGGGAGUACCUCAGGUGGUACAUAAUUGAACGGAACCACAGUGCAAUUGAAAGAUUCAAAGAUGGUCUUAAUUGCUUGGACUUUUUAACAGCACUGCAGCAGCACCCUGCGGUCAUGGCCCCUCUUCUCUGCCAUGUGGAUAAACGGCUAUCUGCUUUGGAAAUUGAAAAUCUGUUCAAACCAGACCUCAGUGAAGCUGGAACCAACAAGAGGAACCAGGAGGAAAGAACAUCAGCUUCUGGGCAGACUACCUUCUGGAUUGUGAAGAAAGUGACAGCGUUAUAACGCUGGAAGACAUCUUCAUGUUUGCUACAGGAGUGUCUGGCAUCCCUCCUGCUGGCCUGGAACCUCUGCCAAAACUUCAAUUCCUUGAAAGCUCAAAGUUUCCCAUGGCAAACACGUGUCAACAUUUUAAAGCUCCCUCUCCUGGAAAACUACAACACGUUAAAAGAAAAUAUGACUUUUGGGAUCAGGAACUCUCCCGGAUUUGGAUGCAUUUAAUCAUAAACCAUCAACCUAGGCCUGCACAAUAUACCGCAAAUUAAUCGUUAUCGCAAAAUCCAGCUCUGCAAUAUGCAUAUCGCAAAAGACGGCAAAUAUCGCAAUAAAUCGUAAACCUUAAACCUUGGAGGAAAAUUUCAAGUACAGACAACCUUUUGCUGUAAUCACACCAUAUAUUUUUUGUUCAAAUAAAUAAUUACUUCAAAUAAA